AUGGCGUCGGAGCCUACCCAGCUACGGCGUUCGCGCCCGGCCAUGCUCCAGACAUGCUCUCCUCUGCAGUCCCAGCUCGUCAUUGUCCCGUCAUCCACCGCAAGCAACUCCCCCAUCACACCCAGCUCCGGCCACACCUCGCCCACCCUGUCCACUGAGACCAUUGGAACCAGCAUGACUGCAGAUAGCUCCGUUCUUGAGUCUCCAGAACCGCUGGAACCCUCCUCAGGGAGGGGAUUGGACGAGAUAUUCCCUCCUUUUCAGCUGCCGGAACCCAUCACCACCCCCAUGAGUAGCUCCUCUACCUUGUCUGCGCGGACCAGCAGGACUUCCCUCAAGCAGGGUGUCUUAAGAAGCCCUACCCCAGCCAUGAGUGAGGUCGUCAAGAGCACAAGUCUUAUCCGACGCACCUCCAACUCAAUGAGAAAGGCCAUAAACGGUUUACCGCGGCCGCGGCGACAUUCCUCGACCAACGCAAGGAGCCGAGACGGGAGUGUUGCAGGGCUGGUGCGGCGGCGGGGAAGCACUAGCAACCAAAACCAGUCUGAGCACAACAGCCCCUUCUACCCCGACUCUGACGACGAUUGUGCCGUUGAGAAGGACGAAGGCGGCCUUUACAUUGGGCUUGAUGGUGCCUCCAGAGAACUUUCCCCCUUGAGAUUGAGCAGCUCACAGGACGGCUCUUCUUCUUCGUCUUCAACCAUCACGGCGGCCCCCGUCCCGCUUGCGCUGCGCCAAGGCACACCCUUGAACAAGGUGACGAAAAAGAAGACACUGAAGAAGAUAAACAUGGUCCUCGACCCCGAUUCGGCUAAGAUUUGGUGGGAUAAAAACCGCCCGUCAAAGUCGAUCUAUAUCGAUGACAUUCGGGAGAUCCGCACGGCCGAAGACAUUCGGCAAUACCGACUGGACUUUGGUCUUCCAGAGAGUGUGGAGCCACGGUUCUUCUCCAUCAUCCAUGCCCCCCCCAGAGAGUCGAGAACCAAGGUGCUGCACUUCGUCGCCGACUCGCCGGAAGGGUUCCAGGCGUGGACAGAGGCGCUGGACGCCAUUUCCAAGCACCGUCAAGAGUUUGCCACAAACUUGAUGACUUUCAACGACAAGGCCAUCCGCGCAUAUUGGCACACCGAGAUGGCCAGGCAGUUUGAGGACAAGCCGCACUCGCCUGAGGAGGAAUACAUCGACUUCGCCGGUGUAGAGCGCGUAUGCCGCACUUUGCACAUUCACGUUUCGGCGCUGCAGUUGCGCAGGGCGCUGGAUAGUGUCAAGAAGAGGAUAACGAGCUCGGCCGACGACUUGCCAUCGAUCCAGGGCGGCGGUGAUCGGUUCGAUCUUGCCGAGUUUCUAGAGUUUGUGCGAGUCAUGAAGGCUAGGAGCGAUGUGCACGCGGUGUUCCGCCGCCAGGAGAUGGCCGACGUUGAACGUGGCAUGACAAAAGACGAGUUCCUGCAGUUUUUGCGUCAUGUGCAGUGCGAAAACGUCGAUGAGGACUUGGAGUUGUGGGAAAGCGUUUUUGCCCGGUUCGCCCGCAGGGUCAAGCCGAAGGAUGCCGAUAAGCAGGCCAACGGUGGCGAAGAGGUCCUGGCCGUGUCGGAAGUCGGGUUAGCCAGCUUCUUCACCUCGACGUACAACGUCGUUAUCGCCAGAGAGCCCAAGGACUACAAGCUAGACCGGCCCAUAUGCGAAUACUACAUCUCCAGCUCACAUAACACAUACCUUCUGGGGCGCCAAGUCGCCGGAGUGUCGAGCGUCGAGGGCUACAUCUCGGCACUGAUGCAGUGCUGCCGCUGUGUUGAGGUGGACUGUUGGGAUGGCCCCGACGACCAGCCCGUUGUGAUGCAUGGACGUACGUGGACGACGCGCAUCUCGUUCCUCGAGGUGAUCAAGGCCAUCAAGAAGUACGCCUUCGCCAAGUCUCGCUUCCCUUUGUGGAUCUCGCUCGAGGUUCGGUGCAAUCUUGCGACACAGGCGAACAUGGCCAAGAUCAUGAUCGAAGUCUUUGGUGAGAAGCUCGUCCGUACGCCCCUCGACCCCUCGGCGACCGUUCUGCCGUCGCCCUCUGACUUGGAGGGACGGAUUCUCAUCAAGGUCAAGCAGUCGCAACUGCCCGAGGAGUCGCCCAGAAACGGCGAGUGGUUCCCACGGAAGCGCGGUAACAGCCAGCCCUCGCCGUACCAGCGAGCGGUGACGUUUGACAACACAUCCGUGCCGCCCUUGCCGGCAAGUCCUCUGCUGAGUCCGACUCCGCACUCGCGCUCCACUGUCCAAUAUCACACCAUAACCGAGGGCGAGGUUCACGAGAUACCAAGUAGCAGCCCCAGCGAGUGUGAAAGCGAGUGCGAAAAAGACUCGGCAGGGUCCAAGAGGAUAAACAGCAGGAUCAACCCGGUGCUAGGCGACCUGGGGGUGUAUUGCGUCGGGAUCCCCUUUGAGGGGUUCGAUAGCCCCGACGCGAAGAGGUUCAACCACAUCUUUUCCUUCAAGGAGCGGACGUUUGCCGAGAAGAGCCAACCCGGAGAAUCGAAGCGGAAGCUUAUAACCCACAACAUGCGAUUCCUGAUGCGAGUGUACCCGAACGGGGGCCGCAUUUCGUCGACCAAUUUUGAUCCGCUCAUCUACUGGAAGCGCGGGGUCCAGAUGGCUGCCCUCAACUGGCAAACGUUUGAUACGGGGAUGCAAAUAAACCAAGCCAUGUUUGACAGCGGCACAGAUCAAUCGGGUUAUGUCCUGAAGCCCCCCGAGGGACGCAACUUUCCAGUGCUGCCUCCCGACCAGUGUGUGAACAAGCGGCCGCGGAAGCAUGUCAGCUUCCGGAUCGAGGUUAUAUCUGCCCAGCAGCUUAUGAGGCCGUGGAAUUUAGGCGAGAAGAAAACCAUGGAUCCGUACGUCGAGGUCGAGGUCCUCCUCGCCGACGACAAGAAGAACAAGUCGGAAGCGGCAGUCAGCACCCCAGCUCAAGUCCUCAAGUUCCGCACAGGGAUUGUUCGCGAAAAUGGCUUCAACCCCGUGUUUGAUGGGGGCCACACGUUCAACAUUACGACAAAGUAUCCUGACUUGAUCUUUGUGCGAUGGAGCGUGAAGCUCGCGGACAAGGGCUACAACGACCGGAAUCCCCCGUUCGCCACCUUCACAGCUAAGCUCAGCAGCCUCAAGAAAGGAUACCGAACAAUUCCACUGCUCGACCAGAACGGAGACCGCUACCUGUUCUCGACUCUCUUCUGCAACAUCAGCAAAGUCCAGCUUACCGACAUCAUGGUUGCUUACCAAGAAGGUACUUCGAAGAGCGGCAACUUACUCAAAAGCAUUGGCAGGACCGUCUUCAACCAGUCUGGUGGAAACCUCAGCCAAUAA